AUGGUAGUCAAAUCCCAGCUGAGGAUGCAAGAGAUCAUCCACGAAGAUGGCUUCUCUGGAGAAGACGUGAAACAGUACAAGCCUGUUGUCUACAGCAACACCAUCCAGUCCCUGGCAGCUAUCGUCCGGGCCAUGGACACUUUGGGCAUCGAAUAUGGUGACAAGGAGAGAAAGGCUGACGCCAAGAUGGUGUGUGACGUGGUGAGUCGGAUGGAAGACACCGAGCCCUUCUCCGCCGAACUGCUUUCCGCCAUGAUGCGGCUCUGGGGCGACUCAGGAAUCCAGGAGUGCUUCAACAGGUCUCGGGAGUAUCAGCUCAACGAUUCUGCCAAAUACUACCUGGACAGCCUGGAUCGGAUUGGGGCCGCCGACUACCAGCCCACCGAGCAGGAUAUCCUCCGAACCAGGGUCAAAACCACUGGCAUCGUAGAAACCCACUUCACAUUCAAGAACCUCCACUUCAGGCUGUUCGAUGUCGGGGGUCAGCGAUCUGAACGCAAGAAGUGGAUCCACUGCUUUGAGGACGUCACAGCCAUUAUCUUCUGCGUCGCGCUCAGCGGCUACGACCAGGUGCUCCAUGAAGACGAGACCACGAACCGCAUGCACGAGUCCCUGAAGCUUUUCGACAGCAUCUGCAACAACAAAUGGUUCACAGACACGUCCGUCAUCCUGUUCCUUAACAAGAAGGACAUAUUUGAAGAGAAGAUCAAGAAGUCCCCGCUAACCAUCUGCUUCCCCGAAUACACAGGCCCCAGUGCCUUCACCGAAGCCGUGGCUUACAUCCAGGCCCAGUACGAGAGCAAGAACAAGUCCGCCCACAAGGAGGUCUACACCCACGUCACCUGCGCCACCGACACCAACAACAUCCAGUUUGUCUUUGACGCCGUGACGGACGUCAUCAUCGCCAAAAACCUGCGGGGCUGCGGCCUCUACUGAGCCCCUGCCUCACCCCCCGGCUGCCCACCUCCCUGCCUGGCCUGCUGCCCCGCCCCUCCCCUGGAACCAGAGCGCCACCACCGCUCACACCGAUCUCUGCACUUGACAGCGAAGCACCUGCGGCCGGCGCCACGGAGGGUGGAGGGCACAGCCUCCGGGGGCCGCCCCUCCCCCAGACGUCAGAACACGCGGUAACGCGGGGGCCAGGCCGGGGGGCUGAGCGGCCUCCGCUUCGUCUCUGAGUGUUUGGUCCUGGGGGGAUGGUGGCCGCCGUUUGGCCCGGAACGGGCAUGCGCUACACUUGGUAACUCAUACUCGAAGCCCCGGGGUCUCCUCCUGUGUGGGGGUGGCUCUGGGGGACACGGUGCCGGCCGGGGUGGGGCCAGCGGGAGCCACUGCUCAGCCUUUUCUGGGGUCUGUCUGGUGGAGGGCAGCUCCGUCACCAAAAGCCAGGGUGGGACCAGCCCAAGCACGUGGGGGUCCCAGGGCUCAACCUUGGCGAGUGCCUCCCUCCUCCUUCUGCCUGGAUCUCAGCCCCCAGGCACAAGCCCUUUCUAAUCUGGACCAUCCUCCCUUGCACACCCUUGGAGGAACCCCAUCCCUGACUCCUCACAGGUCUGGAAAUGCUUCUGCGACGGGUAUUGCAAAGGCACGUGGUGGAUGGUGGGAGGGGUCGAGUCCCGCGCCCGGCUCCGGUGUUGUCUGGGAUGGGGGCCUCACCCAGUGCUUGCAGGCUCGAGGGUGACCCAUUCACUUUCUCCCAGCGCCUGGGUCUCAGGCAGCAGCUCCAGAAUGUGAGUAGACGCGCUUCUCCUUCUCGAGUCACAGUGAAUCCAGCUCAGCAAGGGCAGGCACGGCCCCUUGGGCCCCCUGUUUUGAGGUUGGGGAGGCCCAGGGGAGGUAUUGAUGUGGCCCCUGCAGCCGAGGCCUUGGUGAAGAAACCAGACUUUGUGCAGAGCUUGUGCUGUCCGGCCAGCCCUCAGGGGCAGAGGAGGACCGACCGAGGCUGGAAUGUGCACUGCGAGGGGGCCCAGGCUGGCUCGGACGCAUACCCAGCGCCCCCUUCUCUGGAGAGAGGGUCCUAGGAGGCCUGGGAGGGGCUUUGCUACAGAGGUUCCUGAGCAGGCAGGGGUGGGUGACUCUGGGAUCUCCUCGGGCAAUCAGCACGCCUCUCUCUCACACCCGGGAGCCUCGGGGGGCCAGUGCCACCAGCCAAGGCCACAGACAGGCCCCGGGGGCUCAUAUGGCAGGCUAGGGAAUCAGAUGUGCCCCUGGAGGGGCCCCUGGCUCCUUCCUCCAGCCCUCUGCUCUCCCAGCCUCCACUCUGGGCUCUGCUCCUGGACACCCAGUGCGGCCCCCUGGGCUGCCCCAGAGCCAGGGAGAGCCCCGUGGCAACAGCUCUGGGCUUCUCGGUUCCAGCAGCCCCGGAGCUCUGGCUGCACAGGAGGCCCAGGGCAGCGCCCCCCGACCCCCGUGCCAAAUGCCUACAGGGAGGGGCGCCACCGGUAAGCCCCCUCCGUCACUGCGCUGAGCGCUGCACCCCGGCCGCCUCGGGGCAAAUCACAGGGCUGCCGGGCUGCAGGAAGGGCCCCGCCAGCCCGAGGGCACUUCAAUGUUGCUGGCCUUGCUGUGUGCGAGGCCCCCGGGCGCUGGCGCGGCAGAGGACAGCGCCGAGAGCCGGCGGUCUCCAAGCCCUGCCACAAGCGGCCGGGGCCAGUGAGGCCGCUCUGCCCAAGAGCAAAGACAUAGCGGGUAUUUUCCGGCAUUCCCACCCGGGGGGGGGGUGGUCAGCUGCGCCCCCAGCUCGCCCCGGGAGCCCACACUCACAAGCAGCCCCAGAGGAGGGUCGCUUGGCCAGCCCCACCUCUGAGGCUUGUGGCCCUGGAGGUGGGAGCCCCUGGCCGCCUGGGGCCCUCCUGUCCUUCUGGGCCCACGGACCGCCCUGCUGCUUGCAGUGCUCCCGCUGUCCCACCCUCCCUGCCGCAGGGGUCCCCGCUGUCUAGUGGGAACCCACAAGGAGAGGGUAUCCGGGACGAAGGUCCCUCCCCGUCCGCUGCAGCUCCCAUCCACGUCGUUCCCAGUGGCGCCACAGUGGGGAGGGAUGACAGAGGGGGACACGAGUUUUGGCUCCGUCGCGGGUGUGGGUGUGAGGGGAAGAGGUUGAGAGUGUGAGAGACCGGAUUCUUGUCCACGGUGGCCACAUGCGUGUCCCCAAAAGGACCAUGCUUAAAGUCUGUGAAUGGCUCUAACUGAGCGGGCUAAGGACACCUGGAUUUCUAGGAGGAGCACCUUUGCCAGACCCAUGACGAUUGUGCGCGCCGCCUAGAUGCCUGUGGGGCGGUUCUGUGCCCCGCACCGACCGCCCUCCCGAAAGCCCGCUCUUGGCCGAGCAGGCCGUCCUGCUGAAAACCAACAGGCCCCCUGGGCUCCCGGCCUGACUGGAGGGAGCGGUGCCCGAGGCCCAAGUAGGAGCUCAGGUGAACCUGCGCACUCCGGCCUGAGGAGGGUGUGGGCUCUGGCCCAGGCCCGAGCAGGAGAGCUGUGACACUCUGGGCUCCUGGGACAUUUUCCAUGGAGGCUUUAGAAGCCAGGGGCCCUGGCCCCUUCCCCUCCCCUCUCGGGGUCUAUAGCCGUGAGCUCCGACCCAGGAAUGGUGGCAGAGCCCAGGCAGAAGGCCACGGUGCCUCUCCCGGCAGCCCAGCUCCACACCCCGCUGCGGGAACCGGAGAUACCCGGGCCCUCCGCGACCAUCCGGGGCAACAGUGAGUCUCCCGCGGCGGGGGAGGGGUGCAGCAGUGGCAAGAGACACCCCCCCACCCGCCACAGGACCCCUCGUAGGCGGGCUGUCUGUAAACCCCCAACAGGGAAGGCCCGGGAGUCCUGUCUCCGAGGCCCUUCCCUUCUGCCGGCAUGAGCCCUGUAAGGAGGGGCCGCCCCCAGGAGUGUUCACAGUUACCCCGCAGUGGCGCAGUGGCCGAUUCUGCCAAGUUUUUCCUGCCUCCACCCCCGCCUCCCUUCUUGACCUUCCCUCUUUCCCCCUAGCCUCACUCAGAGUGCUCCUCAACCCUCUUGGUAAGUAAACCGGCCACAGUCCCGACUCAGCCCCUGCUCCAGACCAGGUGGGGCUCGGUCCAGCCCCCUUUGGGAAGUCAGGCUGCAUCUGUUCUUCUCCGAGCUUCUGGGAGUUAUUAGGGGCACCUGGCAGCUCUCAGGCACGGAGGCCCGAGGCUCCGGCUCUGUGGCCACCAUGGAUUCAAUCUGGGGUGCCAGGGGCAAGCA